AUGGGGCUGGUUGAAAUACGGUACCUGCACAGCUGGGAUACUGUCAUCAAAGAAGCUACCUUUGAAAUACCACUGCAGGGUAAGAUGUGGCAGUAUGCUUUGCAGAAUGGCUAUUAUCUGUCCGUCUCCAUGUUAGUGGAACAUGCGAACCAUCGUAUUAAUCCUCACAAGAGUACUUUAGCCAUCAGCUCUCCAGCAGUGGACCAGACAUACAGCCAAGGGAUUGAAUUAGCCUGCCAAAAAGAAAGAGAGUUUGUGAAGCACUCUGUAGAAUGCACGUGGAACCUAGCAGAAGCCCAGCAAAAACUUGGUAGUUUAGCACUGCAUAAUUCAGAAUCCUGCGAUCAGGAAUCUGCUCAAGCAAAGACUGAAGCUGCAGAGUUGAGAUGGAGAGAGGAAGAGUGGAGAAGAAAAGAAGAAGCACUAAACCAGAGGGAAAGACAGAAUCUAUGGAACACAGAUCUCGUUAGUAAGGAGGUAUUUAAUAAGAGUUUUAUUAAUCAAAAAAGAAAAGAAACAGAAGAUGAAGAUGUGUCUGAACCACGUAUGCAAAAACAUGAACAAAAGAUUCGACACUUUGGUAUGCUGAGCAGAUGGGACGAUAGUCAAAGAUUUUUGUCUGAUCACCCAUAUCUUGUAUGUGAAGAAACAUCUAGAUAUCUCAUGUUGUGGUGUUUUCAUCUAGAAGCUGAACAGAAAAGAGCUCUGAUGGAGCAAGUAGCACACCAAGCAGUUGCAAUGCAGUUUAUUAUAGAAAUUGCCAAAAGCUGCAAUGUGGAUCCAAGAGGGUGUUUUCGUCUCUUUUUCCAAAAAGCCAAAGAGUUCAGAGAAGGUUAUUUUGAGGCUUUUAAAAAUGAACUCGAGGCAUUCAAGACGAGGGUGAGAAUCUGGUCACAAUCACAUGGCUUUCAAACUAUGUUACUACACGAUCUCAGUGUCAAUCCUGGUCUUGUAAGAGAGCUGACAUCUUUUUCACAGGUAAGUCAAGCCUAA